AAGGCACCCAGCACUGGCACUUUAUAGGAGCUUAGGAGAAUGUUCACUGUAGAUGCCACAAUUCCAAAAUGUAACAGGUGGAAAAAGAAUCAAGUGUGACAAGUGACUUCCUAAAAAUCGGAGGCAGGAAGGAAACCCAGGACUCGAGAAAGCAGCUCUGGCUAACAUGCUUCAAGUAGGAAAGUCAGGUAUAAAGUGGAGACGAGGGAACGGGGAAUGGCGAGGGGAGGGGGACGAGCUGGGCUCAAUACCAAAAGCGCUCUUGGCAGCAGGUUUGGGAACCUCUUCUAUAGCGAUAGCGUUGCUGCGGCUAAAAAAGAAAAUGUCCAGAUAUGGGCAGGACAAACUUUCUCAAACGGUGUCCUAAUCUCCAGAAUCAGAGCUGGUCUCAGAAAAGUCUGGGAACACCGAGGGCUUGCUUCCGCAGGACUCACGGGCCUGCAGAGGGCUGGCUGGCUGGCUGGCUGCUCCACGUACCGCGAGUCUUGGCUUAAAAGCCCUCAUAUAAUGAGUACUUAAAAUAAACGUCAGUCUUGUCCUGUCGUCAGCACUUUGUAAGUGCAGUGUUGAGCCCCCAGGAAGUGGGGUGCCUGCUGACUCAAGCAUGAGAAUACCUUUAUCAGGUUUUUUUGGUCCCAGCAACGUUAGAACAAGUGUAAACCUGGCUCGUUAGCAGAAUCCUGGGUUAAAAUGUAAACUUGGUAGAGGAGCACCGCCAAGCUGAGCCUCCCUCCAACCUGGCCACACGAGGAAAGGGCGCCUAAUUCACCAAGCGAUUGGUUUUAUCAGGAUUGAGAAACGGUGCCUAAUCGAAUCAACUAUCGGGUGGAUCUUUAACUCAAGACUCUAGCAUGAAGAGUUGCCUUCAGGCCUGCCCUGAGUCUCCUCAAGUAACAACAGGCCCUUCCGCCACAGCCAUCCACACGGGAGGUCUCGCGAUUGCUUGGAACCAUCCCGCGGGAGUUCAGCUGAUAUUUUUCUAGUGUGGGGCGAGAGAUUUUGUGGAGUCCAUUUAAGGGGUUUUUGUUGUUACUACUGCUUUUUAUAUAUUUAUUUUCUUUCUUGGAACUGGGCCUCGCCCUCCUCCCACUGACACAAUGGCCCAGUCCAAGGCCAACGGCUCGCACUAUGCACUGACCGCCAUUGGCCUGGGGAUGCUGGUCCUGGGGGUGAUCAUGGCCAUGUGGAACCUGGUACCCGGCUUCAGCGCGGCCGAGAAGCCAACAGCUCAGGGCAGCAACAAGACCGAGGUGGGUGGCGGCAUCCUCAAGAGCAAGACCUUCUCCGUGGCCUACGUGCUGGUCGGGGCCGGGGUGAUGCUGCUGCUGCUUUCCAUUUGCCUGAGUAUCAGGGACAAGAGGAAGCAGCAGCAGGGCGAGGACCUGGCCCAUGUCCAGCACCCGACAGGCGCUGGGCCUCACGCCCAGGAGGAAGACAGCCAGGAGGAAGAGGAGGAGGAGGAGGCUGCCUCAAGGUACUAUGUCCCCAGCUACGAGGAAGUGAUGAACACAAACUACUCAGAAGCAAGGGGAGAGGAGCGGAACCCGAGGCUGAGCAUCUCUCUCCCGUCCUAUGAGUCACUGACGGGGCUUGACGAGACCACCCCCACAUCCACCAGGGCAGAUGUGGAGGCCAGCCCUGGGAACCCCCCUGACAGGCAGAACUCUAAGUUGGCCAAACGACUGAAACCGCUGAAAGUUCGAAGGAUUAAAUCUGAAAAGCUUCACCUCAAAGACUUUAGGAUCAACCUCCCGGACAAAAACAUCCCUCCUCCCUCGAUAGAGCCUUUGACUCCUCCACCGCAGUAUGAUGAAGUCCAGGAGAAGGCCCCCGACACCCGGCCGCCCGACUGAAUGGCCCCACUUGAGCCAUGCUCCCUCCUGUCUCUCACACCUUUCGCCCCCAAGACUCUAACAAAGCCACGUGAGCCACGGUUGAGAAGCGGAGGGGCCAGCUGUGCACGGAGCCAUUUGGAUGGUGGGGGGGAUUCUCUGUAUCAGGAGUGACUUUGUUGCCCCACACAGCCUCCUGCUGCAGGUGCUUUGGAAGGAGAUGCUGCCUUGGAGCUGGUGAAUCUGUGGACCACAUUCAAGCGUGUGGCGCAGACAUCUCCCCAUCCUCUUCGCUCCGAAUCACAGGCGACACAUUCUCCUUUCCAGCUAGGAAAGGGUUCUUCGCGGCUGGUGUAGAUUGUGGUUGUUUGUUUUGCUUCUAAUAGGACUGUUUUGUUUCAAAAAGGAAACAAGUUUUGUGUUUGCUGUCUACGCUGGAGUCCUGAACUGUGGGUAGGAGAUACGACCUGGCUUUGUAGAAAGGACACAGGGCUGUUUUGUGAACUAAGCGGUGAGGCUCAGGUGGCUGCUCUUGCAGAGCCCCUGAUGCUGUCGUUCUUUGAGGGCUUAAGGCCUGAUGAACUUAGGCAUGUGAUGCAUAAUAGUCUUAAUUGGUACACUUAACUAGUCUCUUCUGUGUAACAGCAAAAAAAAAAAAAAAAAGAAAGAAAACUGUAGGAAAUGUUCUGUUCUUUUUGAAAUGCCAUGCAAUGGAGCUUUUUAUAAUAAAAUAUUUUAUAUGUGGUA